AUGGCGCAAUACCAGCAGCCGCAACACGCUCGCCAGCCCGGCGGUGUCGGCGGCUCUGCGUCUUCCGCCCAGCGAGAUGCUGCCUUCUCCAACAUCUUCGGCGCUGCCCCGCCCGGUGCUGGCCGCAGUCAGACGAUGUCCUCUGCCCCGUCGCACGCGCCGUCGGAGCGCGCCGCUACCAUGAGCGCAGGCAUGACUAACGGCUAUGCCCCUCGCGCUCCCCCCGUCCGACCUGGCCAGCUGCCCAACGGACUGCCUGUUCCUCCUCCGCACGGCCCCAUGUCGAAUGGGCCUGCGCAGAAUGGAUACCCUCCAAAUGCGUCCAUGCCACCCAACGCUCCCCUGCCGUACCCACCCAGCAAUGGCUAUUCCAAUGGAAACGCUUCCCCGCAACGACGCCCUCCGAACAUGCCUCAACCCAUCCGGCCCGAUCGAGUGCCGUAUGGCCAGCCACAACGCGUGGAUUCACGACAGCCGCCUGCCCCAGGGCAAUAUCCGCAGCAACGCUCCUUUUCCGCCCGCCCGUAUGGCCCUCCCGGACCCCCGGGCCCCAGGCCACCGAUGCACGACAACUUCCGAACGCAGUCGCUCGCAUCGAACCCGCGCCCGAUGUAUCAACCACCCAGCAAUCAAUAUCCCGGUGGGCCGCCACCGUCCGCUUUCCGCCAGCAGUCCCACCACAAUCAUCUUGCGCGUACUACUGCCCAGGGAAGAGUGGUACCGGAGAGGACAGGAGACGAGCGGACCAUGUCCAUGUCCGCAUACUCAAGAGACAAUGACUACACACAAACGCAGAGCGGGAGGGUAAUACCGAACCGGAAGCGCGAGUCCGGUGACGCGGUAGCAACCGAGAGCACUCUCACCAAUGGGUCCACCCCGGAGCGCCAACCAAAUGGCGCGUUUCCACCCGGCCGUCAGCCUGGCAGCGUCGGAAGUCAGAAUUCUCGGUCCAUGUCCAUGGCGUCCACCAUCGUCUCACCAUCUGAACCGCCUGGACCAUCGCGGUCGGCUACUGGCACUACCAUACGGUCAAACAGCCAAGGCCAGUCAUCGCAGGCGGGAACAAUGGUCGCGCAAAAGCGACCUUCGCUCGUCUAUGGCGCGAUGCUGUCCAAUGUCGCGCAGGCAUUCAAGGAUCGCGUCACCGUCUCGGAAAAGGAGAAGGACAAUCUGAUCUACAAAACCGCCUUCAGUGGCUACGAGGCAGUCGACCUGAUCGCAUACAUCAUCCGGACGUCGGAUCGCAAUCUCGCGCUUCUACUCGGCAGAUCGUUAGAUGCGCAGAAGUUCUUUCACGAGGUCGCGUACGCCCACAGAUUACGGGACUCGCCGAAUGAGAUUUACCAAUUCAAGGAGACGCUGAACGAGGAGCCACCAGAGGUAAAUGGCGUCUUCACCCUGUUGACCGAGUGCUACUCUCCGACAUGCAGUCGCGACAACCUGUGCUACUCCAUCGCGUGUCCGCGUAGGCUCGAGCAGCAGCAACGAUUGAAUAUGAGAAUCACGCCUGGACUGAAGCGGGAAACGUCUCGAUCUAGCUUGCACGAUGAGGUGGAAAACGAGCAGAAAUUGUGGAUCAACACCGUCUCGAAGGAGGUGUCGGACAGCGUGAGCGAGAAGGAAAAGAAGCGGCAGGAAGUCAUCUCCGAGAUCAUGUACACCGAGCGCGACUUCGUCAAGGACCUGGAAUAUCUCCGAGACUUCUGGAUCAAGCCCCUGCGCUCCCCAGACAUCUCGCCCAUUCCGGAGCACCGACGGGAGAAGUUUAUUCGAACAGUGUUCUCCAACUGCCAGGAAGUGCACAAUGUCAAUUCGCGCAUGGCCACUGCCCUCACCCGACGACAGCAGCAGAAUCCAGUGGUGCGGAACGUUGGCGACAUCUUCGUGGAGUAUGUCACGCAGUUUUCACCCUUCAUCAAGUACGGCGCGAAUCAGCUGUUUGGCAAGUUUGAGUUCGAGAAGGAGAAGAGCUCCAACCAGGCCUUUGUGCGAUUUGUAGACGAAACAGAGAGGUUGAAGGAGAGUCGGAAGCUGGAGUUGAACGGCUACCUGACCAAGCCGACCACGAGACUGGCACGAUACCCCUUACUGCUGGACGGUGUGCUCAAAAACACGAGCGACGACAAUCCCGACAAGCACGACAUCCCCAAAGCAAUCGAGGCAAUUCGGGAGAUCUUGAAACGCGUCAACGAAGAAUCAGGGAAGGCGGAGAACCAUUACAACUUGAUGAGUCUGAACUCCCAACUCAAGUGGGGCCAAAUACUGCCGCAGGAUCUCAAACUCACCGAGGAGACGCGGCAGUUGAUUUUCAAGAGCAAUCUCAAGAAGACGCCGACCAGCGAGGCCGCGGACAUUGUCGCCUAUCUGUUCGAUCAUGCCGUUCUUCUCGUGCGGGUGAAGACUGUCAAUAAAAAAGAGGAGAUGAAGGUGUACCGCAAGCCGAUUCCCCUCGAACUGCUGCAGAUCAAGGAAAUGGAGACCAUCCUGCCCAGACUGGGCAUCACCAAGCGUCCGUCAUCGUCCAUGAUUCCCGGUGUUGGUCGCACGACCACGGCUCCCAGAGCAGUGGGCGAGCAAGGGUACCCCAUCACCUUCAAAGGUUUGGGCCGUGCCGGAUACGACAUCACGCUCUACUGCACCAGCCAGAUCCAGCGGGAGAAGUGGAUGGAAUACAUCCAAACGCAGAAGAACAAGCUGAGCGAACGGCACAGGAUCUUCACCAUGACGAAGGUAAACGAGGGCUUCUUCACCGCGCAAGUGCGCGUCAACUGCUGCCAACCGAUCGACGGCGGACGAAAGUUGGUCAUUGGCACCGAUCUGGGCGUGUAUGUCAGCGAGAGCCGGCCGAAGGACGCCAGUAUCAAGCCGAAGAAGAUGCUGAACAUCAAGCUCGUCACGCAGCUGGAAGUGCUCGAGCAACACCAGAUCCUGAUUGUGCUGGCGGACAAGGCGGUGUACGCGAUCCCGCUCGAGGCGCUGGAGGACGACAGCGCGGGCACGCCUCGUGGCAAGCCGAUCUGCCAUGCUAACUACAUCAGCGCCGGCAUGUGCAACGGGACGACGCUGGUGUGCUGCGUCAAGAGCCACUCCCUCUCCAGCACGGUGAAGGUGUUUGAGCCGCUGGACGCCGCGGGGCGGCAACAGCGGCGGCGCGGCGGGCUGGCGCGCAUGCUCGUGCAGGGGCAAGACGUGCUCAAGCAUUUCCGGGAUUUCUACAUUCCAAUGGAGAGCAACAGCAUCCACUUCCUGCGCAGCAAGCUGUGCGUCGGCGGGGCCAAGGGCUUCGAGAUUGUCAGCCUGGAAACGCUCGAGACGCAAUCCCUGCUCGACCAGGCGGACACGUCGCUCGACUUUGUCGCGAAGCGCGAGAACGUCAAGCCCAUCUACAUUGAGCGCAACACGUCGGAGUUCCUGCUGUGCUACAACGACUUUUCCUUUUACGUCAACAAGAACGGCUGGCGGGCGCGCGGCGACUGGAAGAUUCUGUGGGAGGGGAUCCCGAAUGCUUUUGCCACGUGGGGCGAGAAGUACAUUCUUGCCUUUGAGCCGGAGUUUAUUGAGAUUCGGCAGAGUGAUACCGGCGGGCUGGUGUGCAUUCAGACGCACAAGAACAUUCGGUUCUUGCAUCAGAGUAAUCGCGAGAUCCUCUACGCGUAUGAAGACGAGCUAGGCGAGGAUGUGAUAGCCUCGCUGGACUUCUGGGGCCGAGGGCAAGGCUGA